AUGUUUAUGUCAUUACUGUUACUACUACCCAUACCUGUAGCGUUUUCCGGCAAUUUCUUAUUGGUCACUAUGGAUCAAGGACGUUCACAUGCUACCUCAUUCGCUCCAUUUAUGCACCGAUUACAAAAAGAUAAUCAUACUGUAUCGCUAUACUUCAACACCUAUAAACCGGAAAUCGACUUUGGCAUGAAAAAUGAGCUAAUCGAUUUGUCCGAAGUGGCUAGCAGUCCAUUCGAACGUGGUAGCGCGUUCUUUGCUGUCAUCUGGAGAAUUGAGUAUUCGUACGUGUAUCAGCUAGCUCCGUUCUUCUCACAAUCUCGGUCGUGUAAAGUUGUGUUGGAAAAACGACGACGUGAAUUUGAUCGGCUAGCAAGAGGAAACUGGGAUCUCAUCUUUGCUGAUUCAUUAUUUGCUGUAUGCGGCUAUGGCAUAGCACAUUUGAACCGCCGUCAUCAUGUGAUGAUCCAUUCUAGUGAUCCAGAAAGUGCACAAGCUACGGCUAAGGCUUUCCACAGGAACUAUGGUAUAUUGCCUCCAAACUUCAUGUCGUACACGUAUGAAUGGCAAAAUCCAUCAUUCUUCCUCGAUCGAUUGCGAUCUACGACAGAUUGGUUUGGCUCGAUAGUAGUGACAAAUAUUCUAUCCGAUCAAUUUAUGAGACAAGCGUUAUCGCCAGUAGUGCAAGGCUUCUCCUUCUCGGAAUUUUGCCGAACGAGCACCUUUACUUUUACUGACAUGCCGGAGCUACUGUAUCCACCAGCACCACGAACAAAUGACUACUAUUCGUAUGGAUCCUACUGCAAGGAGGCUGGGACUCUGCCGAAAGAGUUUGAUGAAUUCGUGUCAGAUCCUGUGUCUAAAGGUACAAUAGUCGUGGCGUUUGGGACCUUAGUCCCUUGGUACACCGCUCCGGCAGGAACACUGCAAGCGUUUGUCGAUACCAUUAAUAAUCUAACCGAUUAUCGCGUUAUUUGGUCAUAUAACGGUGAUACCGUAGAAGUUGGAAAUCAUGUAAUGCUUUCCAAAUGGAUUCCACAAAAUGAUUUGCUGCUCCACAACAAAACGGUGCUCUUCAUCAGUCAUGGAGGGCUAAAGAGCGUGAAAGAGGCAGCAUGUAGCGGAACACCAUCGUUGUUCAUGCCAAUGUUCGCAGAACAGAUGCGGAACGCAUGGUUGGCGAAAACAAAAGGAUAUGCAGAAAUACUCAACAAAUUUCUGUUAACACGUGAGUAUAUGGAAAAGAAAGUUCGAGAAGUGUUGAAUGACUCGAAGUAUAGGAUCAAAGGAAGAGCACUGAAAACGAAGAUGCUCGACCGUCCUCUGAGCUCUCUCGAUCACGCCACUUUCAUAGCAAAUCGGUUGCUCAAAUAUGGAGGGAAAUUCCCGGAAUUUUUCUAUCCACGUUCUUUGCAUCUAGGUUAUUUGACCAUACUAAAUUUCGAUAUUUUGUUAGUACCAAUUCUUCUAACGCUAUUGGCAAUUAGCCACUAA